UCCUUAUGAAAAAUUUCGCUUGAAGUUUACUUUUGAGUGAGAGACAAAAAAGAAGGGCGCCGACAUCCCAGCAGCACGACAAGCACGAGUCAAAAUUUGGUCUGUUGCGCAGCCGUUCCGUGUUUAACACACAUUCCCUUCGUCUUCUUCACAUUUUGACGGUAGUUAAAUCAUGUCAGGCCGUGAGGGAGGCAAGAAGAAGCCAUUAAAGGCACCCAAGAAGGACGGCAAGGAAUUGGACGAUGAUGACCUGGCUCACAAGGCAAAGCUUAAGGAACAGCAGAAGGCUAUGCAAGAGGCAAAGGCUAAAGCUUCACAGAAAGGACCUCUCGUUAGUGGUGGAAUUAAGAAAUCGGGAAAGAAAUAACAGGCUAUUAUGGUUACAAUGUCUAAGACUGUAUGUUUCCUACUGCAUUUAAUUUAAGUUCAAGUACUACAGAAACCAUAAUUUAUUUGACCGUGUUUUUCCAAAAUCUGAUUGUUAGCUAAACUCCCAAUAAUACAACAUUUAUAAAUGGUUAUUAAUUGAUUGGGGCAAAGAGAUGCAGUCUCUGGUAUGCUCAAUGGGUUGUCAUGUAUAAUUUCCUCUUCUCAAUAAAUAUUUUUUAAGAAAA